AUGAGAAUCUACAGAGAAGGGAUAUGGGCCAUGGAUGAUGAAGAAGAUGAUGGUGAUGUUGAUGAAGAUGAAGAUGAAAAUGGCUGUCUGCUAUGGCCUGUUAACGAAACGGGUCUGAAGAUAAUUAAACGGCUUAACCGUCUAGACCGGAUUUCUGCAACCAAAGCAAAUCUAGCUUCGACUGUUCUGUCUCUUCACCGACUCACCGUCUUCUCUCCUCGCCACCACCCUCUUCUCUCCUCUCCACCACCGUUCCCGUUCCCGUUCCAAAUCUGUCUCUCCAGUUCGAUUCUUAAACUCCUCUCCACCACCGUUCCCAUAACUCUGAAAAUGCAAAGGGGCUCGCUCCAACACACCCUAUCCGCCGUCUUGCGGUGUGCCAAAGACUUUAAAGCUCUCGUAAUAGAAGUCUUAUCGGUUUCGGCCAUGGAGAAGGACGAACUUAAGAAACUGAAUCAUCUCUCUCUCGUCUCCAAUGUGUGUAACGAAUUGGAAACGCAUCUAGGGGCUACGGAAAAAGUUUUGGCCGAAUUCAUCAUCGACCUUGGCCGCAACUCCGAGACUGUCGAUGAAUUCGAUAAGAAGCUGAAGAAGGAAGGCGCGGAGAUGCCGGAUUAUUUCGUCCGCUCGCUGUUAACUGUAAUCCACGGGAUUUACCCUCCGAAGCCCAAGUCGGAGAGGAAGAAGGACGACGGAGAGAUGAGAGAGAAGAGGAUCGGAAUAGAGAUAGAGACCGAGGUCGGGAUCGGAGAGAUUCCGGUAGAGAUAGGGAUCGACACAGAGACAGACCUCGUGGAGAUGAAGAUGGAGAAGAUAGAAGAAGCGGUAGGCAUAGAGAAAGAAACCGUAGAAAAGAUGAAGGCGGAGAUGGAAUGA